AUGACCUGCCUGGUUUGUGGAUCCCCGAAAUCUGAACCACAUUUUGGCGGAAACUCUUGUCGCGCGUGCGCAGCAUUUUUUCGCCGGUGUUUUCACUCAAAAAAGUUGGUUCUAGGAUGCAUUUGUAAAAGAAAACCGUCGAAUUAUCAUCCAUGUAGAAGUUGUCGAUUGGCGAAAUGUCUAGCAGUUGGAAUGAAGCAAGAAAAUGUUAAUGUGACAUGUGAAUUCGUCGUUGAAGUAUUCCCGGAAUUUCAAAAACUAUCAAGUCCGGAUCGACAAGGACUUUUACACAAUUUUAUGCUGAAAAUCUGGAAUCUUGAGCCAAUCAUGGAUGAUGUUGCUCAGCGGAAGAAGUUUGGAAAAAUGGAUGAUGAGGAAAUUCGAAAUUUCAUGCUCCCAAUGUUUGUGGGAUGUUUUCAAAAAGGAGCAGAAAUCGGGAAAAAGGAUUUGUGGAGAUUAUUCGGAUUCUAUUGGAGAGCAUAUUUUGAAAAACUGAUUGAACCACUAAUCAAUUUAUCAUUGGAUUCAAUGGAAUUCAUGGCCACUAUUUGGAUUUUAUUUUUUGAUCACGCCUACAUAAAUAUCAGUCCAUCGAGCUCCAAUUUGUGUUGGAAUAUUCGAAAAGUGAUUCUUCAGGAGCUGAAAAAUCAUGAGCAAGAAAAAGCCUGCGCAGCAUUUUUUCGAAGAUUCUUCAAUUCCAAAAAGUUUGUUAUCAAAUGUACAUGCACAUCGAAAACGGUUGGUUCACAUCCGUGUAGGAGUUGUCGAGUGGCAAAAUGCUUUGCAGUUGGAAUGACACCAACAAGUUAG